AGCUCCAGUUAUUAAAUAUAAUAAUCAUCAACAACAAAAACAACAGCAGCAGCAACAACAACAGCGACCGCCAACAAAAAUGGAUUUGGAUAUUAUACAAUCUACCAAAGAAGGCGAAAUCACCCAGUUUCUUUGUGAUGUUCGUGAUUACUUCCGAGCCUCGUUGGCCACAUCGGAAUAUGAAAACACCUCGAAUAUGUUUUUUGUAACCGAGUCGGAUUCAACGGAACAGUUGCUGCAACGUUGCGAGCAAUUAUUAAAUCGUUUGACCAAUAAUAAAUGCCAAAAUCAACAGCAACAACAGCCACAACAACAUCUUAUUACAUAUACCAUACCAAAACCUGUGCCACCGCCAUCGUCGUCUACAACACCGACUACGACGGUGACUAAUGGUCUACAAAAUCAGUGGCAAUCCGGUAAAGAUAAAAUCAAAUUGCAGCAGCAGCAACAACAACAGCAACCAAACUCAAUGUCGAAUAAUAGCGGCUGUGCUGCUGCAACACCACAACCUGAUCUACAACAAUCUGCACCAACACAUCUCCACCACCAGCGACAACAGCAGGAUGAUGUCUCAUAUCUGGACAUGUCGGCUGCCAACAAUAAGACAAAAUCCUCACCCUCUCCACGGGAAUCCAGCAACGACUUGAACAGUUCCGCAGACAGUGAUAAAACUUUUCGUUGCUCCACCAUGAUUGUAAAACAAAACAAAAGUUUUCUGCAUCGCCUGCACGACACCAUGACAACGACAACCGAUGAAGAAGCCGAAACCGAUAGUGUCGAUGGCCAGCUGGAUGAUGAUGAAUUCGAAGAUGAUCCACAAAUUUAUGACAUCUGUCAGGUGACUACCCAGGGUUCGGAUGGCGAGGAGGAUAAUUUGGAGGAGACGCAAAAAGCCAUAACCCCGGAAACACAUUUUUCUUUGCCACAUUUAGACUGUCCAUACAUGGAUUUGCCGGCCGGCCACCUGGCCAUACACAAAUCCACAAAGUACGGACAACUGCAGAGGAUAGAGAAACGUUUGUUUUUCGAUCAAAGCAAAAAAUGCUACUGUGGCAUACUCAACGAUUGGUUGCUCUGCUAUGCCGAUGGACCCACAUCGAAUAAACCCAGCAUAACGCUGUAUUUGAAAAUGCCCGGCAUUGAAAUUGAACAUUUCGGCGAGGGUAAACGUCGUGAUGUAUGCUUUCAAAUCUCCACACCGGAUCCAACCAAACGUUUCGUUUUCCAAGCCAUCAAUGAAAUCGAUGCCAAAGAAUGGAUACAUGCCAUAGAGGCAGCCAUACGCAGUGAUAUUGGAACGGUGAUUGGCAAUAACAGUGUGGCCAGGACAUCAUCAUCGGGACGCAAACUGCCAACACCGCCGGUAAUGAAGAAAAUGACAUUUCUAAGUACCUUCCAAAAAGCGGCGGAACUGAAACAACAUCAACAGCACUCCCAGUCUAAUGUCAUGAAUACAAGUCAAACGGCCAGCGACUGCAUAUAUGAGGAACCAUCUCCCGUCUACAAUGUCCAUCAAAAGCAAGCAAAUGGCUCCACUUUGCCCGACUUACCACAAAAACAAAACAGUCCCUCAGCAUUGGCUGAACGUUUCGAAUACGAUGUGCCCAAAUGUCCACCACAACCCCUAAAGGGUCAGGGUCAUAAUGAUGAAAUGCAACUGAUAAAUCCCUAUGACAAUGAACCGGAAAGCCCCAUACAAACUCCGCCAAAAUCAUCACCUCCUCCCCAGGUAAUGGGUAAUUUUAUAACACCGCCAAAAAUCAAUUUAAAAAUGGAAGAAAAACUAACGUUCCAAGCCAAGGUUAAGGAUGUCCAUAGUAAAUUAUCUAGUCAGUUAUCGAAUGGCCCGGCCAAGAAACCCCUUAAGAAAACCUAUUCGUCGGGUUCCUCCCAACUCAAUGAUGGUGAGUCGUUGAUAAUGAGUACCUCACCCCCAACAGGCAACUCAUCACCGGUUGCAGCCGAUUUGAAGAAACAAAAGAAAUCCUCCACACCCCAAAACAGUCCACAAAAAUCCACGGAAAAAACAUCGGCCACUAAAAAUUGGUUUUUAAAUCGCCUCAACAAGACCACAUCCUCGACGCGUAGCAACAGUUCCUCGAUUUCCACAAAUUGCUCCAGUGCUCCAUCCAAAUGCAAACAAAGUGAAAAGGAAAAUCUAUUGAAUUCAUCGGAAAAUGGUGAUGCCUAUGAUAACAGCGAUUCGAAUUUGAGUAGCAAUCCCGCUUCGCCAAUUCUCAAAUCAUCUGGUGCUGCCAGUAGUCCAACACCCAUUGCUGCCAAUGGCAAGGGUAAAGUGAAUAUGCUUAUCAAUCAAUUGGAAGCCAGUGGUCAUUUGGCAAGUAUGUUUAGUGUGGAUGCGGUGGCCUCGUUUAGUUCGUUUUGCGAUAAUGAUUGUAAUAACUAUGAACCGAUAAUGACGGUAUCAUCACCGCCCAGUAGUUUCUUGAAAAAGGUUUAGCCGAUAGCUGUAAGGGCGAGACAACUGGAGAUAAAUAACAAUUGCACAGCCUUGGACGGAAAAGUUUGAGAAAUUGAUCAAGAUUUUGGUUUGGAAAGCACAAAAGGCUUUGGAAUCUAAAAGAAAACGUUUCCCGUGAGAACUUUUAAAGUUUAUUUUGAGUUUUCCACUUGGAUUUAAUUUCAUAUUAAAAAAAAUCCCAAAAUUUUAUUUAAAAAUAAUUGGAAUUUUAUCUCUCACAACCAAUGGAAAUUUAUGUUAUUUGUCAGGGCUGUGUUAGUGAUUCAAUAGUAGCUUUAAAAAUCCUUAACCUAUGCGUAAACAAAAUUUACAAUAUUCUGAAGAAAACCCAUAAAGCCUAAAAAUGAUAAAAACAAGUCACUCUAAUUUUAGGCCAUGUUUAUGUCAGUCGAAAGGAAACCACAAUUUUAUCUCAAUUUUUAAAAUUUUUGAUUUUUUAUUUAAAUAUCAAAAAAUUGCGGAUCACGUAAGAAAAACAUCAAAUCUAGGUGUUUUUUAAAAAAAAUUGAAUUUUUUAUAUUUGAAUAAAAAUUAUACAUUUGAAAACAUACAUAGAGAAGCUUUGUUCCAGAACUGUAAGAAUUUAAAAGCCUUCACUAAGAUAACCAAUUGUUAUACCCUCAUCCAUAUAGCUAGAGAGGUUAUACAGGUUGAGAUAAAAAAAACUGUAACAAAGUCAAACGCCAUAUUUUUUACAUUUUUUUUUUAAUUUUAUUGAAUGAAAACAAAAAAUGUCGGAAAUAGCAUUAAAUUUUAGAAUACGUUUAGAUUUGUUCGAAUUGGUCACCUUUGGCACGAAUUAUGGCCUUUAAACGGCCAAUGAAACCGUUACACGCUGCCCGAAUGUUGCUCUGCGGCAUUUUGGCCCAUUCCAGGCGAAGCGCAUGCUUGAGGUGAUCGACACUUUGGUAGUUUUUAGUGCCAACCAAACGGCCAAUGAAACCGUCGCACGCUGCCCGAAUGUUGCUCUGCGGUAUUUUGGCCCAUUCCCGGCGAAGCACUUGCUUGAGAUGAUCGACACUUUAGUAUUUUUUAGUGUCAACCUUGCUUUCCAAAAUACUCCAGACACAAUAGUCCAACGAAUUGGUAUCCGGAGAUUUUGGUGACCAUUGUGCGCUGGAAAUAAAGCGAUGAACCUCAUUUGGUAACCAUUCUUGGGUGCGCGUUCCGAGUGCGAUGGUGCUGAGUCCUGUUGGAAUGUCCCAGGUCUUUGGCCAAAAUGUCUGCGUGCCCAAGGCUUUAAUACGCCCUCCAGAAUAUUUUCGCGAUAAUAUUCGGCAUUUAUUCUGAUGCCACGGUCGAUUAAUACAAGCGGAGAGCUACCAUCGGCUGUUAUAACGGCCCACACAAUCACCAUGGCCUGCGCUUGAGUUCUGGUGUCUGGUGGCCAACCGAAGGUACACAUUUUCAGCUGAUCUCUUUGGCAAGUAAACACGAUCAUUUUGUUUGCUGGGCAACGAACAAACUGCUGGACACUUCCUUUUCGGGCUACGCUACCACCAUCUCGGUAACGAGCGAUGGCUGGACGACGUAUUUUUCUCAUCGGAGAAAAACGAAUUCAGCAGUUCGCCACUUUCGGCCAAGCGAAGCAACUCUUUAGCUCUUUUGAGUCUAUUUUCUUUCUGUUGUGGUGUUCUUGCACUUUUUGGAAUUUCAAUAGCUUUACCCCCAGCUCAUUUUUCAAUAUUUGCCGAAAGGAAUAUUGCGAUAUGUUCAACUCACGAGCCAUUUUUCGGCCACUGCGACGCGGGUUUCGACCAAGUCGCCUCCUUUACUUUUCGAACCAUUUCUGCUGAUGUUGCUGUUUUCUUCCGUCCACUUCCUUGUAAACAAUAUAAUGAGCUGUCACUGGAAUAAUUUUAACAGGUGUCGGACGUGUGGCUUAGAAGUGACAGCAGUCUGAAGUUGGUUGCAGUUUUCCAUCUUACCCUGUGUUGUUCUACUCUAUCUGUAGCCCUCCUAUAGAGGGUCAACAUUUUGUAUAAUAAUAAAACACGUCAAAAUAUAUUUGAAUAAGUGGAUAAAGGCUGAGGAUAUCAAUUUGUCGGCAAAACCGACUGAUACUCUUUAACUUAUUCUCUUAAUGAUAUUGAAAAAAUUGCAAAACUAGUAUAUUCUUGCAGGUUCUGGAACAGAGCAAGAAUUGAUGUUUUUCUAUCGCAUACCUUUUCUUUUCGAUAUACAUAAACAGGUCCUUACAUCGAUAUUAAAUAUAAAAACAAAUGUUUCGGAAUUGUGUUUAAGAUACUUUCAACAUUUAUAUAUUUAUUUAUUCAUUUGCUUCGUCGAUUUUUGGUUUCUAUUCGUUUGUUACUU